CUCGUGAUACACUGCCCAUCCAUCCACAAAACCCCAUCUCCACCAUGGACUCCUACGGCUACGGCGAACCCUCCAGCUCGAAUCAACCCCAGACCAUCGACGUUCCCGUCGGGCCCACCAACCAGCCCAAGAUCCUCCUCCGCAAUCUCAAUGACUCCGAGGCGACUUUCCAUCUGAGCGGUACCGAGCUCGCAUUCGCCAAUAGCUUGAGAAGAGUAGUCAUGGCGGAUGUGCCUACUAUCGCUAUUGACCAAGUCCUCUUCCUUCAAAACACCACUCCUCUUGCCGACGAAAUGAUCGCCCACCGUCUCGGUCUUGUCCCCCUGAUCAGCCGGGGCGUUGAAAAAGGACUGCGAUACACAAGGGAUUGCGAUUGUGAUGAAGGGUGCUAUUACUGCAUGGUGACUUUGAAGCUGAAGGUGGCGUUCAAUGGGGAUGGUUUCAUGAAGAUCACGAGUGAUAUGCUGGAGGUCAUUCCCAGUCCCGGUGGACCUCCGCCGCCAAACCCUUACGGUCCUCCCCCGGAAAUCUCUGAAGAAGACCGAGUCAUCAUGGACCACCGCGACAAUGAGAUGGGUAUUCCUAUUGGCAAGGGCAACGCAGCUAUUCCGCCUAUAUUGAUUGCCAAGAUGGGUAAAGGGCAAUCAAUUGACCUUGUCUGCAAAGCGUACAAGGGUAUCGCCAAGCAUCACGCCAAAUGGUCGCCUUUAUCAACAGUCGCGUUCGAGUACGAUCCUUAUAACAAGCUGAGACAUACCACCCAUUGGUUCGAGACGGACGAACGCGGCGAGUGGCCCCUCUCCAACAAUGCCAUCUUCGAAACCCCUCCCGAUCCCAACGCCCCAUUCGAUUACAACGCCGUCCCCUCCACAUUCUACUUCAACGUUGAAUCCGUCGGCUCCAUCCCUGUUCGGUCGGUUAUCGAGCAAGGCUUGGAUAUCUUGGUGGAAAACUUGGCGGGGGUCAUUUUGGCGGUGCAGAAGGAGACGGGUGGUGAUGAAGAGGAAGGAGAAGGCGGAGAGCAAGGAGGGAUUAUGGAGCCUAAUAUGCAGGGUAUGGGGGGUAUAAACGGGCACGCCGAGCAGGGGUAUGGGGCUUGGUAGAGAUGCGGGGUGGAAUAAAGAUAGAGAAGGAGAUGAGAUGUACGAUCUCUUACCGCCCG